AUGCCUCCUUCUAAGCCUUACCUCUGUUCCCUUGUCAUACCCCCGCUUAGAAAUGACCAACAUACACAUACAAUAAUUCUCCUCCACGGCCGCGGCAGUAAAGGCGAGGACUUCGGCCACAUCUUCAUGGAAUCAACGGACAUCGCGAAGCGCCUGCCAACAACCAAAUUCAUCUUUCCCACCGCGAGUAAACGGCGCUCUACUGUAAUGAAACGGAUCCCUAUCAACCAAUGGUUCGACAAUUACUCGCUUAAGAAUCCGAAUACCCGGACCGAAUUACAAAUUGAUGGACUACAGGAAAGUAGCGAUUUUCUUCGGAAAUUGAUUGAUGAAGAGGCGAAGCUCUUAUCGAAUGAUCCCGCUGUUGGUGACGGUUAUAGCCGGGUCGUGAUUGGGGGCUUGAGCCAGGGGUGUGCGGCUUCUGUUUUCUGUCUUUUGGGGGGAUUUCUUUCUGCGAGUAAGGAUGGAGAUGGUAAACGCCUUGGGGGAUACAUUGGGAUGAGCGGGUGGUUACCGUUUGAAGGGGAGAUUUCUGGGCUUUUGAGUAUUGAUGAAGACCAUCAGGGAGAGCCAAAGUCAGGCGCUGAAGAAGACGACGAGGACCCGUUCGACCAUGAAACAGAUGGUGACGAUAGUCCUGCGCACAUCCAAGCAGUCAAUCAUAUCCGGGAUAUUCUCGCUAUGCCACCCAUUCAGUCUCACGUUGAUGACUCGGCGAAUGCCUUACGUGUGUGUUACUUGAAAACACCGGUAUUCCUGGGCCACGGGUCUGAUGAUCGCCAAGUGUCGGUAGACUUGGGGCGACGGAUGGCGUCCAUCCUAUCUGAUGGGUUUGGGAUGGAUGUGACCUGGAAAGCAUAUGAGGAGUUCGGACAUUGGUAUAAAGUGCCGGACGAAAUCGAUGAUGUGGUGUGGUUCUUGAGGGAGAAGGCCGGGUUUCCUUUUGAGAACGUUGAGUAG